UUUCUCUGCACCUCACUAUGUCGACAUAAAAAGUAAAAACGACCUCCAUCCUUCAAAACGACUAAGUUUUCACAUUCCUUAACUCGCACGUUGAAGCUUUUGAUUCUAGAUUCCGAUCACGGACAGCGAGAGGAUUCGUGGCGUGUCGCCUGAGAAGCCGAUCGGAGUUUUAUAGAGCGGGCAAUAGUCGCCGCAUACGAUUAACAAAAUGAGGAUCAACGUCAAUUCUAUCACUAGGAGAGUCGAAGUCGAUAAUCGAAUUCCUCUCCGAUAUUACUAUCGAAUCGCCGAUAAUCUCCUCAAACAGGCUAGUAUUUAUCGGGAGGAGAAGAAUAUUGUAGAUUUGUAUAUAAUACUACUAAGAUAUUCAAGUUUGGUGUCAGAAACAAUACCAUUUCAUCGGGACUACCAGGCGAUACUUCCAAAAGAAAGAGCUACUUACAAGAAGAGAUUGAUUUCUGUGCUCGAUGAACUUGAGUCUUUGAAGCCAGAGUUCCAGCAUCGAGUCAAUGAACUUAAUAGAGCCCAUGGAAGAGCUCAACUGGUUGAACUUGAUAGCGCAGACAGGACUUCAUAUGGUGCAGAAACGUCUUCUUUGGAAUGGCCUAUUGUCGAUAAAACCUCUCAUUCGAGCAUGGAUACAAAGCGGCCUUCCAGCAUGGCAAUUCAGUCUUCAUUGAGGAAUAAUAAUGAUCGCACCCAAGUUUCAUCAUCGAGUUUUGUGCAACUUGACAAGCAGUUCCAUAGACUAUCUGUUAACCUGCCUCUUCCAAACAAAGAAACUUUGUCUAGACACUCAUUCUUAGGUCCAAAUGGUCUUCGAGGACAAUGGCUUGGUCCUAGUGCAGGGACAAAGGUUCAAUAUCCAAGCAGCACUGACCUAUCCCCAAAUGAAGAUACAAGCCUGAAUCAGGCUGGUCCUUAUGAUAUGGUUCCAUCAAAAGUUGGUGAUUCUGGAGGGGCUGUACCUACUAUGGAGUCCGUUCUUUCCUUAGAUGAUGGUAGAUGGUUAAAACCUGCGGAGGAUUCGUGUCCUCCAAUGGUUAAUGAAGCAAGGGAAGAUCCUUUUCAGUUUGUCAGUAUCAAGCAACCUUCUCCUCCUCCUGUUCUUGCUCAAGUGCAGCAGGAAUUUGCUCCAAUCUCUCCAGCUAAAGUUGCUGAUCCAAGACCUGGUCCAGCCAAGCCUUCUCAGGAUGGAACACUGAACUCUAGUUCUUAUCAACAUUUACACAUUCCAGUAAAAUUGAUGCAAGAUUUCUUGAGAUUGGCUCGGGCAAAUACAGAAAAAAAUUUAGAAACCUGUGGCAUUCUUGCUGGUUCGCUGAAAAACAGGGUUUUCCAUAUCACUACACUCAUUAUCCCAAAGCAGGAGUCAACAUCUGAUUCGUGUCAGACAUUGAAUGAAGAAGAAAUUUUUGAAGUUCAAGACAGAUUAUCUCUUUUUCCUCUUGGUUGGAUUCAUACACAUCCAUCACAGACCUGUUUCAUGUCAUCAGUGGAUCUUCACACUCAUUACUCAUAUCAGAUUAUGUUGCCUGAAGCUGUUGCUAUCGUCAUGGCUCCAACUGAUACAUCAAGUCCACAUGGCAUAUUUCAUCUCUCUGAUCCUGGUGGUGUGUCUGUGAUACGCAACUGCCAGCAGCGGGGAUUUCAUCCCCAUGAAGAGCCUUCAGAUGGAACCUCUCUCUAUGAGCACUGUUCUCAUGUCUUCAUGAACGCCAAUUUAAGAUUCGAUGUUGUUGAUCUUCGGUAAGCUUGCAAUCCCCGACAUAAACCAUGUAUUCAAGUAAAUAUUAUAAACGAAAGGAAGUACGUAAACAGAACAUCUUUUUUCUGCCGAUAGUUAUGAUGUAAAUUCAACUCCUUUCCUGAGUAGAUAUUUGAUAGAAAUAGCGGAAAUUUUUUUAACCAUAAGAUUGAGAUUA